AUGGUCGCGACGGCGGCGGAACAGAGGGAGAAAGCCGCAGAGCUUCUCCGGGUCCUUGAGGAUGGUUUUGCCGAUGCGAAUUGGCUGAUUGUGCGAAGGGACGGCGGCCGCCUCAUAUACUUGGAUAGCUCCCAUGGGAUGGGUCUUGGGUGGGAGAAGGAGAUCGUGAACAACGUGACAAUUCUGAUGCACGUCAUUAGCCACGGCGUGAACCUGACGCCCGAGAUGCAAAUCUUGAAAGACAUGAUCCGUGCCCAGCUGAAGCUGCCAAAGGCGGCAUCAUGGCUGGCAAAAAUCCCAACACAAGCCGAAACAAUGGAAAAGCCUCUGGGCCUGUAUUCAAGUAGUGUACAUGACCCACAAAAUCUCACAGAUGCAAACCUAAAAAGCCUGUUCUAA